AUGCCACAACUUAUGCCAGCAAGUCCAGAACUUAGUGCACUGUCUGUCAAAGCUUCAUCUGCUUGGAUUGCUUUCAAACGAGCAACAAAUCUUGUUCUAUUCCACAGAUCCAUGCAGGGUAUGAUCGAAAUAUUUGCUGUUGCUGUUGUGCGGUGGGUAUUGCCUCGAGAGCGACUUGAGGAGCCUAAAGAUGUCACAAAAAAGAAAAAAGUAAAACAUAAUCGCGACGGAAAUCCACGGGAAUGGCAAGGAUCCACGGGUGCGAAAACAAAGCACGGUUAUGAAUUGAAGAAAACAACACUUUUUAUUGAUAUGUAA